CGUGUAUGUCAGUGGUUAAAUCAGUUUGGGAUAAAUUAUAGAACUUGGUGUUACAAAAAAAGCGCAAAAUGAACUAAGAAAAUGUCUCAAUUUCUUAGUUUAAGUAUUGGACUUUUAUUAUCAUUAUUUUGUCAGGUAACAUGUGCAGAGCCGGAAUUAAGUGCAAAAGUAGUGUAUCAACUGCUGUCAAUGCGAAUAGACAAUGUUGUUCGUGAAAACAAUAAUUUAAAGUCUGAACUUAAGGAAACUAAGGCAGAUGUUGGUAGACUCGAGAACAAAAUCGAAAGUAUGGAAGUGAAUAUCUCACUUAUGGCAAGUAAAGCGGCAAGAAUUGAAGACGAAAAUUCAAAAACUCUGUUAAGUGAAAAGAUCCAUGCUUUGGAACAAUUAUCUGCGUCUCGACUUCAAAAGAAAUUUAAGACAGAAGCAAUAGUUUUGCGGAAAAUGCUAGUUAGCGAGAAGUCACAAAUGAAAGACAAAUUAAUGGCAUUUGAACAAAAGUUCAAAAGUUUCCAAUCGGAACUAGUAGAUGAUAUAACUAUAGUAAAUACCACAGUUGACAGUUUAGAAAAUUCAAUUUCCGAACAAAACAUAGCAGCGAUCACUAUGCUAGUAGCAGUAGAAAACAAACUCCAAAGUCAAUUAAAUGAAACAGACCUUCUCAUGCAAGAAAUGAAUAAAGAUUUAGAGAAUAGACUAAUAGAAUCGGACGCUAGAAUGAAAGACAGGAACAUGAAAUUAGCUGAAAAUAUCAAUGAAGUUGACCAGCGUCUAAUCGCUGCCAAGUCAAAUUUGCAAAGUACAUACAAUGGUCUAAACAACCGGCUUAAUAGCGCAGAGAGUCAACUUCAAUCAGUCUCGUCAAUGCAAGACAGACAGGAAGACACAUUUUCUAAUCAAAUCAGUACUUUAAGCAGCCGAAUCUCUGUAGAAGAAGCCAGAAAGGUUGCAUUUUCAGCUAGACUUACGAAGAAACAAAGCUAUUAUGUCAAAAACGAAAGAAUAGUGUUUGAUGAAGUUUUUUAUAAUCACGGCGGAGGAUACAGCUCCUCAACGGGGAUAUUUACAGCGCCAAAAUCAGGAACGUAUUUGUUUACUUAUAAUAUACAAUCAUCAGUUUUAGGCGACGCACAUGUUGUUUUGAAAGUGAAUUGGUUGACCAGAACUAGCGUCGUUGUAGACAAAGGUGCAGAUAAUAAUAGCGGAAACUCAGGGAUAGGUUACGUUCGGAAAGGUGAAAAGGUUUGGCUAGCGACUGCUAGCUCAGAUAGUGUGUUUUUUAUUUCGCCUUACAGGACAACCUUUAAUGGCAUCUUGAUUGAUUAAAAUAAAGUACCAUGAAUUGCCAUAUAAAAAGCAUGAUCAAAUGUAAUAUGAUUAUAUAUUCCUUCUGACUAAAGUUCAUUUCCUCUUUUGUUUUAUUUUAAGCAUAGCAGGAGCUGAUUUUAAUCACAUUGUUAUGAUAGAUUUGCAAUGCCGUCUCGGAAAUUGUUUAAUUAUUUGAUUUUAUUUGAUUUGAUGUUAAUCCCUUUGAAAACCAAAUUGUUGUUCCAUUUAGAUGCAAAUAAACAUACAAAUAUUAGUUUCGGCCGUCUUUCGUGUUAGCAAAGUAAUUCAUAUUCUUAUAAGUAUUGGUUCACGCAGAUUUAAUUUAAAUUAGGGGAUGAAAUUACAUUUAUCAAAGGAAAUCGAUCAAUUCCUCAAAAUUCUAAUACAUCUCAUUCAUUUUAUCAGCAUGAACUUGUCAUUUUAUAAUGUCCCCAUUAAUUAGCCAUACUCGCACCGUUUAAAGAUUUAAAACUUAAUUUUAACCACUAUGGUAAGUGUUUGUAAAACCAACUUUAAUUCCAUUUAUCUGUUGCACGACUGCAUCACGCCAGUUUUUUCUCAUUAAUGUUGACUUAGAAACACUAAUCUAUACUUAUCCAGAAUAUUGUAAAUAAAAAAUAAGUCAAAUAUAUUGCCGAGUUCAUACAAUUAUUAUUCUAAUUAAUUGUUUAUUAAAGUUUUGUAUUAUUCAAAUAAAAAUCGGUUGUUCCUUUCAUGAAUUUUUCUUUUUGUUGUAUAAAUGACGAAAAUAUUUAAAUAAAUCUUGGCAGCUUUAUAUUAACUAUAUCUUCUGUUAAGAAGGUGUGACUUAUAUUCAGCACAAUUUGCCAACUCCCCUUCAUAUUUUUAAGAAAUCAAUAACAUGUAUGUACCUACUUUAAAAGCAUUAGUUUCGAUUUCGUUAAAGCUUUGUAAAGGAGGAAUGCUUAUAAUCAUUGUAAGGAUAUACAAGUAGUUGUCAUUUUUUCUUUUACUUUUUGUAGAUAAAAGAUAGAUAAAUAAAAGGACAUGUGUGAAUUAAUUCUUUACCAUAGAAUGAAAAAUUUAAUCAUAUCAAUUACAUAUAUAUGAUUAUCCAAGGAAAUCGAUCAAUUUAGAUUCCACUUUAUAUGAUUUUUGUUUCUGUUAUCAUAUAUUUGUCUAUGUUAUUGCAUAAUAUUUAAAUUGUAUUACAAUUGUAUUGUUACUCUGUAAAUACCGUCAUCUUUGGAGGGAAUAAAAGUAUAUAUCUAUCUCUAUUUAUGUACAACUAUUGUUCAUGCGUUUUGUAUGCUUUUAUUGAUUUGCAUUUUUUUAGCGCUACAUUUAAUUAAAAUUUGACAUUUUCACAUA